AUGGCGGCGCAUCUGGAAGAAGAGUGUGUGUUGGAAGUAGCGAUAAGCGAACUAUCUGAACCGAUGGAUACAUCAUAUUGUGAUAAUGCUGUGUCUGCUGCAUUAACCAUUUGGGAAAACAACGCUGUGAUGAGACAUGAGAAGCUCCUUGGAACCAACCGUAUUGAAAAUUACGUAGAAGAAACGGUGCCCCGUUACAGCGAUCCUCUGUUUCGAGCCCACUUCAGGAUGACGAGAGCAUCCUUUCAGGACUUGCUGGAACUCAUUGGACCGCACACUGAAGUCAAAACCAUCAGUCUGGAGAGGAGAACGCUGGCUUGCCUCUGGUAUGUCAGCAAUCAAGAGACCUUCCGAAGUGUCGUGGAUCGUAUUGGCAUGAGCAAGGGUUCUUUACGGUACUACCUGAUGAACCUCUGUAGGACAAUGACCAGUGAAGAUAUUCUACCCAGGCAAAUUACAUGGCCUCGGAAAGAGGAAUAUAGAGCCAUUGCUGAACAGAAUGCUGUAAAAUAUGGAUUUCCUGGAGCCAUUGGUUGUCUUGAUGGAACAUACAUUCCCAUUCCAGGACCUCGUGAUUUCAGAGACUCCUACAUAUGCAGAAAAGGAUUUCCCGCAUUUCAUUUACAGGGGGACAACGGCCACCUGACUGCCGACGAGAAGAGGUACAAUUCAGUUCACAGCUCAACAAGAGUCGAUAUCGAAUGGUGUUUCGGACUACUGAAGGGCAGAUUUCGCAAACUGAAAUAUUUGGACAUGAGGAACGUCCGAGAAAUCCCAUUAGUCAUUGUGACAUGCUGUGUCCUGCAUAACUUUGUAAUCAACAGGGAGUCAUUUGUGGAUGAGGACAUUGAUGUGGAUGGGACGGACACUGAUGGCACAACAGGAACUUCACCCAGUGAGCACCAGUCGGGUGUGAACAAAAGACAACAGAUAACACAACUGCUGUCAUAG